UGGAGCUGGUGUCUUUCUUCUUGAUAGAGCUGUGUCUGGUUGAGUAUGAAAUGCUUCGAUUCCCACCGUCAAUGCUAGCAGCUGCUGCUAUCUUUAAUGCGCAAUGCACUCUCGGUGUGUCUUAAGGAGUGGAAUAAAACCUGUGAGAAGCAUAGCAGCUAUGUUAAAGAUCAGCUUUGGGAAUGCCCGAAGUUGAUGGUUUCUUUCCAUCAGAAAGCAGCAGUUGGGAAGCUUACUGGCGUGCACCGAAAGUACAGCACUUCUAAAUAUGGUUAUGCUGCUAGAUGUGAACCAGCUUCUUUUCUAUUAGAAGCAUGGUUCUAGGAUGAUUGAUGUCCAGGAAAAGUUGUACCCGUGAUAGAACUGCAUGCUUGCAGUAGUAGCGUUUAGUUUGAAUGUCAUUGAGAGCAACAUAAGUUGCCCCCUGGGAGGAGGGGGGAGGAGGGUGUUUGAGUUCUUUUGCUGCUUACCAUGCUUUUAUUUGUUUAUUUGGUUUUUCAUGUACAUUGUUGACGUUGCUGGUAUUUUGUGAAAUCUAGCUUUUCAGGCUUUCUCUCGAAGCUAAGUUUCCAGAGAA